ACAGGCAGGCAGCUGCUUCUUACUGGGGUCCCGAUGUCCUGCCAGUGAGCUGGUGCCCCCAGGAAGGACGGCUGUGUUCCCUUCCUGCUCAACCACAGGAAGAUUUUCUGCCUGGACUCACAGAGACCUGUGAGGAAGACCUUUGAGAGAUUCCACGCCAGGAACCAAGGCCCUGCAGCCCUCAUGGCCUCCAGAGUCUGGAGGAGACACUUCAUCCAGGACAUCACUGAGUGCCUGCAGGACAUGGUCAGCAGAAAAGACCUGCAGCUCUUGCUGGCCAAAGAUGAAGCCUGGAAAGUGUUGGUGGCAGAGGCUGAACUGUCCAGAGAUGAGGAAGCUUUGCUGCAUAAGGCUCUGAAGCUGCUCCUAGAACUCCCCACCCUGGAGGACAAGGAAAGACUUCAAAAAGAACUACAGGACAGGAAGAGGUUUGUGGAAGCUUUUCCUCAGUUGAAACGGAAGCUGCAGGAAAACAUCAGGAAGCUCCGAGCUCUGGCUGACCACCUUGACCAGGUGCACAGGGGCUGCACCAUCUCCAACGUGGUGAUCAACUCCACCAGUGCUGCCUCAGACAUCCUGAGCAUCCUGGGUUUAGCUCUGGCACCCGUGACAGCAGGGGGCAGUCUGCUGCUCUCAGCAACUGGGUUGGGACUGGGGACAUUAGCUACUGUGACUGGAGCUGCCACUGAGAUUGUGGAGCGAACAAGCAGGUGGUUAGAUGAAACUGAAGCCAAGUGCCUGAUAUCAGACACCGUGCACACUCUGAACACAGUUCUUGUCCUGGGUCAGAAUGCACUCAAACUUGAUAGAACAACCUAUACUGUCAUCAAACAACUAAAAACCUUGGGACAACACAUUCGUGCCAUUAGGGUAGCCAGAGCCAACCCUCACUUAGUAGCAGAUGUCAAGGGCCUCAUGGCUUCUGGAAGAAUCCCUGCCCCACAUGGUAGUCAGAUGCAGAACGCCUUUAAAGGCACUGCUCUAGCAAUGAGCAAAAAAGCCAGAAUCAUGGGUGCAGCCACUGCAGGUGCCUUCCUCAUAAUGGAUGUGCAUUCCCUUGUAAGGGACUCAGUGCAUUUAUGUGUUGGAGCAAAAUCAGAGUCAGGCAAACAACUGCGGGCCCUGGCGCAGGAGCUGGAAGAGAAGUUGAAAGAGAUUGCCCAGAUCCAUAAGACCCUCCUAGUUCCUUAGUGGCAGCCGCCCCAAAGAACACAAAGGUCAGUGGAGGUGACCUGGACAGAUUCAAGGCAUGGAGGCAUUUUGUUAGAGGGAGAAUGAGAUGGUCAGUUUUCACUGUCCUCUUGACACAAUCUAGAAUCGUGUGAGGAGAGUCUCAGUGAGUGAUCCUGUAGCUCAACUUGUCCUGUGGGCAUACCUGGGGGAGAUUUUUCUAAAUGAUGCUAGUUAAUGUGGGUCAAUUCCUCCACCAUGGGUGUCAGUGUUCUCUAGAUAUGGAUUCUGAACUGUACAAUAAAAAGUAGACUGAACACCA